CUAGACUAAUUUCAUCAAAGAAGAAAUGGACACAGCAACUAAACUAUUUAUGAACAAUGGGCUGACUGCAACCAAGAAAGGACUAGGAAAUGCAGUAAUGGAGAAGUCACUGAGGCUAGCUGCAGACAGAGGGAAUUUGGACGAGGUCAAGGUCCUCAUGAAAGCUGGAGCACUUAUCACCAGAGAUCAAAAUGGACUUACUGCAUUGCAUAAAGCUGCCAGAAAGGGGCACAAUAAUGUGACACAAUAUCUACUGUCAACUGGGAAAGUGAAAAUCAAUGCUGGAGACAAAUAUGGCUGGACUCCAUUGCAUUGGGCUUCAUGGAAUGGCCAUCCAUCCACAGUAGCCCAGCUAUCAGAGAGGAAGACCUGCAAUGUUAAUGCAACUGAUAAGAGUGGCUCUAAUCCACUCCAUUGUGCUGCUCUCCAGGGACACCAUGCAGUCAUUAAAGAGCUGCUAUUAGCUAAAUGUGAUCCUAACGUACAGAGAAAGGAUGGUUGGUCUCCACUUCAUCUUGCUGUGUGGAACGAAAAGGAAGAUAUAGUUCAUGAACUUCUGAUUGGGAAAGCUGCAGUAUCAGUGGCAACACUCAAUGGAGAGGGACCACUUCAUCUUGCAGCUAAAAGAGGCUACACUGGUAUAGCUUUAGAGCUACUGGACUCUGGAGCUCCAAUUGACAUGCAGGAUGAAUAUGGUAACACUGCAUUACAUUAUGCAGCUUCUAAUGGCCACCGUGAAAUUGUUCAGAUCUUAAUGAGUAAUGACUGCAGAAUAAACGUACGCAAUAAAGAAGGAAGGACACCAAUGGACCUAGCAUUGUCACAAGGAAACAAUGAAAUAAUUGGACUAUUAACUGGAUUAAAGAAUUCAUCUCCUUUAUUAUUAUCAUCACCAACUUCCAGUACUAGUAGUCUCACGUGCUCCUUCUGUGGUGACAUUAAAGAUCUCAUCCAGCGCAUAGAACCAAACUGUACUCUACGUCACACUGACUUAAAAACCUUCCAGUGGUCCAGCGACGAAGGAAAAACCUUUGCUGAUCAGAUUGAUAGCUUACUCUCUUCAUCAAGCCCCACUAAAGAGUGUUGUGGGGAUGGACUGUGGCAGAAGAAAGCACAAGAAGCUCAGGAAGAUGUCGUUUACAAAUGUCAGAAGAGGAUAGAAGAGAUAGAGCGACAGUGUGCUCAGAAAGUGAACAAGAUCGAGAGAGAAUGCAGCGAGAGGCUUUUGUUGGCUAGAAUGAUGAGAUCUGACAGCAACUUGAGCUCAGGGAGGAUCCCAUCUGCUCCACUGUCCAGGAGAAAGGGAGACAAACAUAAACUAAGUGUAAUUUCUUUGUAAAGACACUGCACAGUUUGGAACUCAACCUUACAUUUUCCUGAUAUAUUAACGAACAUGAUCACUUAUAUUGAUGCAUCAUUCUUGUAUAAUAACACGUUUUUUUUAAUUAUUUUUAUUUAUGUUUUAUUUUGUAUAUGCAUUAUACUUGCUGUUGUAUUAUAAAUUCAAAGAAAAAUUCAAUUUUAUCAUUCAAA